GACGCUGCUGCUGCUGCGGUGGUGCGUAGGAGCCAUCGCCGAAUUCCUCUAAUCAGCACAAUGACCAGCAGGAAGAAAGAAUUAGCUUUGCAGAUGGUUGUUAAUAAUCAGGAACUCUGGGAAGAAAUGCUGGGUUCCAAAGGUUUGAUUGUGGUAGAUGUUUAUCAAGGCUGGUGUGGACCAUGUAAAGCAGUAGUGAACCUCUUCAGGAAAAUCAGGAAUGAAUUUGGUGACGACCUCCUUCGUUUUGCUGUGGCUGAAGUAGAUUCAGUUGAUGCCCUAGAGAAAUAUCGUGGAAAAUGUGAACCUACGUUUCUAUUUUAUGCUGGGGGAGAGUUGGUAGCAGUUGUAAGAGGAGCAAAUGCACCAUUGCUACAGAAAACAAUUCAGGAGCAGCUAGAGGCAGAAAAGAAGGUCUUGGAUCAUGGAGCAGAUAGAGUGGUGAUCCAGGAUGAAGCGAUUCCUAAAGAAGUGAGUACUGCCAUUGAAGGAGAGGAAGCAGAAGAUGGGGAAGAAGAAGAUGAUGAUGAUGAGGAAGCAGAUUAAUUCACCAAUUGAUGCUUUCUGGAACUGGCUUUCUCACUCUCAUUUGGAGCUGAUGAGUAAUGUUACAUACAAGUUUUCUCUAAUAUAAGUGUAAAAACUUAAAUGGCUACAUUUUGCCAUAAGCAGCAGCAAUGUGUUUCAGGUUGGAGUAGUCUAUGAAAAGAAUUACAGAUGUUUAGGAAAGCCUUGUUGCAAAUCUGGCAAUCAGGUUUUGUUUUGUUGUUUUGCAGUGGUUUUCUUUUUUCUUUUUUAAUUUUUAUUAAAGUACGAGAAUUUUUACAUACAUUAUAUUCCAGGGGUCCCCAAACUUUUUCAGCCGGGGGCCGGUCCACCGCCCCCAGACCCUGUGCUGGGCCGGACUAUUUUUUUUUUUUUUGGCGCAAGGACCCCUGCUGCGCCCCACCCCACCCCAUGUUUCUCUCAGGGUGGGCAGCAGAGAGAGAGAGUCCGGAGGGACAGAGACUCCAUUUUCCAGAGUUGUUAAGAGGCGGCUCAGCCCCCCACGGGCACACCUCUCCCUCGGGUGUGGGGUCAAGGAGGGAGAUGCUGCCUUCACUGAGCGAAGACUGGGGGUGUGGGGUCAGGGAGGGAGAUGCUGCCACAUUCAUUCAAAGCAGUCCAAAGUGACACCAUUAAUUCUUUAUAAUACAGUAUUGCUCUAAAAACAGAUGGCAAAAAACUAUAACUGUACUGGUCUUUGGCGUCUGGAGAGGGGAAGGGGGAACUUUGUAUCUGAAAGUUUAAAACUUAAUUUCAUCAUCAUAAAAAACAUUGGAAGAGACAAAUGGCUUUAGCCACGUUUCAUGGGCAGCCCUACCUGAUUCCCGUUGAACUAACUGCAAAGUAACUGAGCUCUUAGCCUGGCACUGAGAGAGGGGGGAGACCCAGCUGCCUUAAGAGAUGAAUGAGAUAAACACCAGGAUGAAAAAACACACAAAAAGCGGGAGAUUGAUAUUUUGGGGUCCUAGGGCAGAUUAGGCAGGUCUCCUUUGUCAGUUGCUGCCCAGGGCUGCGGAGCCAGGAGGAGAAAAGUCAGUGGAGCUGCCUUUUGGACUCGGCUCUGGGGCUGAGGAGCCGACUGAAGCAGCCGAGCGAGCGGAAGCAGCCAAGCGGAGGCAGGCGGGGCGAGCCAGGAGCUCCGUUCAGAGCCUCUUAAAGGCGCAGUGCCGCUUUUUCCCACCACCUUCCUGGGCACCCCCUGGGCUCCUCUGCCUGCUCUUGCAAGCCCGAAAAGGCUCCUGUCCUGCUGCUGCCUCUCGCAAGCGCAGGCACAGGAGCCGCAGUUGGGGGAAGCAGCAAAGGGGCGGGGAGGAACGAGCAGCCCGGCUCCUGCCCAGCUUCGCUGCUUUAAAGCGAGCUGCGGAGGAGGGAAGGUUUCUCCUCCGGGCUGAGAAGCUGCACUGCGUCUCUCUUCUUCUUCGGGGACUCCGCACCGUGCCUCCUUUUUCUUUCCCCAGCCCUGGGUUCCGCUCAGUCAA